UCAUCGACAGGUACUUGUAACUUUGUGAUAGAUGCAUUCUGCCUGAUUUGUUUACGUCAUAGAUCUUUGUUCCAAACAGACUUUAUAAGUUAUCCUGGGCGUUAGGUCUGUCUUUGUGCAAUAGAAAGCUUAAGACAAUGGGGAAAAACACCGGUGCAUUUGUGUUGUUAUUUUCCUUAGCCGUCCUUCACGGCGCCUCUUCGUGGCUUUUCCCAAAGAAGACAGCUAACUGCCAACCCGUGGGAAAGCCAUUUUAUUUCGGAAAAACAAAUAUAUGGUGCAUGUCGUUAUUCCCGCGCAGGGUCUCACGAUCGGUACAUCGCAACCCAUUUGGAAUAUCUCAUCGAUGGAUCUGGUAUGACGGAUAUUACUUAGAGUUUGGGACCCGGCCCCAUGCCAGCGUCGUCAUCAGAAACACUCAUCCAAUGGUCGGAGACUUCUGUCCAAUCAAGCCAGAGAAAAAUCCAGCGGGAUUCAGUGUUCUUCCGGUAGAAUGCAUCAUUGGAUGCGCACGCAACUACGAAAGAGUUUUUGGGAAAUUUAGCAAAACGAAAAAUAACUGUCACAUGUUUACAAACAGAAUGGCGGAUAUUCUUUGUCAUAACACAGUGUGUCCUAAUUGGUGUAUGGCGUAAAUUAACGUUGAAAAUAAAUUGGAGUAAAAUUUUAAAAAAAUGUUACCCUUAUUU